UACUUCAAGGUCGUCUUCAACUUCUCCAAAAAUAUCGAAUCGCAAUUAUACUCUCCAAUACGAGCCAUCUAUGUACUGUAAAUGCGGAUUGAAAUCCCCAUUAUGCACAGCUCGGGAUAGUGGAAUGAAAUUUUUUGGAUGUCAAAAUUGGAAGGGCAAUGGAUGUGGAUUUUUCGUUUUCGUUGAGAAUAUUAUGCAAGGAAUUGGAGCUAUAGAGUAUGAAUCUACCAAAACAGAUUUAAUGGAGUUAAAAAGGCUUGUUAGAAGUUUAAGAGAUGAAGUUGUGGUGGUCCAAACGAGAUUGGGGAGUAUUGAAGAAGCUACGAAGAAAAUGGAUGGAAUUGGACACCAUAAUUCUGUAAAAAUGGCUAAAGUUGUAGUUGUUGGAGUUGUAAUUGUUUUAGCUGCCAUGGUAUGGUUUAAUGUAAGUUUAUGAAGAAACCUCAACUUGGCUGUAUUAUGUAAAUUAAUGCUAGCUGCCAUGGUAUGGUUUAAUGCAUUGUUGUUUACUGAUUUUCAACUUUCAAGUUUAUUUUGUUUAAUGCUAGUUUAUUG